AGCGACUUUGUUUUUCGUUGUGUGAACCCCGUUUUGUUUCCGUUAUUGCAACGAGCCAUCUUACUUCAGACGCCGAUCAUUACUUCUUCUAGUAAUUUCAGUCGUGUCGUGUCGUGAGAGCAUAAGCUUUUAGUGAACAAAGCAACAUUUUUUACGUAUAUUCAGUAUGGUAGGGACAAGGGUCUAUGUCGGUGGGCUUCCAUACGGCACCAGGGAAAGAGACCUUGAGAGAUUUUUCAGAGGCUACGGUCGAUUCCGUGAUGUCCUCAUCAAGAACGGUUACGGUUUUGUUGAAUUUGACGACUAUAGGGAUGCAGAUGAUGCAGUCUACGAACUCAAUGGGAAGGAGCUUCUAGGAGAAAGAAUUACUGUAGAGAGGGCCCGGGGGACACCUAGGGGUAGUGACCAGUGGCGCUAUGGUGACUCCCGUGGUGGUUAUGGGGACUCGAGGCGAUCUGCCCGAGACGAUAUGCGGCACGACAGAGAUAGUGUGAACAGAAACACGAGGACUGCAUCUAGCUACAAGCAAUCAUUGCCCAGAUAUGGACCACCAACACGCACCGAAUACCGGCUCACCGUGGAAAAUCUAUCGAGUCGUGUCAGCUGGCAGGAUUUGAAGGAUUAUAUGAGACAGGCUGGUGAAGUGACAUAUGCAGAUGCACAUAAACAACGCAGAAACGAAGGAGUUGUAGAAUUUGCAACAUAUUCUGAUUUGAAGAACGCCAUCGAUAAAUUGGAUGACACAGAACUAAAUGGACGUAGAAUCAGACUUAUCGAGGAUAAGAGACGGGGACGUCGUUCAAGAUCCUCAAGUUCGAGAUCAAGAUCACGGUCACGAUCUCGAUCUCGUCGCCGAUCCCGCUCCCGCUCAAGGUAUUAUCGUCGUUCUCGAUCCCGAUCAAGGAGUCGCCGUAGUUCUCGCAGCCGUAGCCGUCGCAGUAGCCGUUCCAAAUCAAGAGCACAUACUAAAUCAAAAUCGAAAUCGAAAUCCAAAUCACCUGAACGUAGCCGAACUCGAUCUAAAUCCAAAUCAAGAGACCGCUCAAAGUCGAAAUCUAAGUCAAAGUCCAAAUCCAGAUCUCGUUCUAGGUCCAAGGCUGAGAGGUCAAAGUCCAGGUCACAGUCCAAAUCUAAAGCUAAGUCUCCUUCAAACUCUUCUUCCAGAGAUAGAUCUAGCCGCGAAAGAUCGCGAGGUGACAUAUCGAGAUCUCGAUCAGGCAGUAAACAUAGCAAAAGCCGUAGCCGUUCUCGUUCACCAAUGAAUGGCGAUAAAUCUCCAGAAAGUAAUAAACAAAAAGUUGUUGAUUAAAGAAAAUGUGGAACAAGAAAAGAAGAGACUUUUAUCGUGAGAAGAAAAGAAUUAAAGAGGAACUUUCCUCUUUUUGUUUCUUUUUUUCUACGACUAAAUAUAUUUAAGAAGCCAAUUUUUCAUGCCUUUCUUUUUAAGAAACGUCGAUUUUUUUGACAUUACUACUUGUAAUUAACAUGUACAUCGUAUUAUGGAUAAGUGAAAUUCUUUAGAUCUUGUAAAAUGAGGGACAGCGAAACAAAAGAAGUGAAUGUAAUUAACAAUCGGCUUAAGUAUAAUUAAAUAAUUGUACAUGAUUUACUUAAUGGAACCAAUCUGUGUACAUUAGUUAUACGUAAUUUUGAUUGUACACUUGUCAUCUGAAAAACACCAUUCGCAUUUAGAGAAAUAGGAUGUCUUCAUACGUACCUUAAAUGAAUUCUAUACAUUUUUUGAUGUAUCAUCUUAUAUCAAGGAAUUCUCUAUAAUGGCUUUUUGUAUAUAUUCCUAACAGUCACAUUACAAUAAGGAAAUUAUGUGAUGUGUAUUAAAUUUAGUGGUAAGCGGUAUCUUAUCAAUAAAAUUUCGCGCUAAGCCUAUA